AUGUCUUCCAUCGUCAACAAGGUCAAGGACGCUCUGCAUAGCGACUCCAAGCACGAGGCACCCGAGGGUACCAGCGGACCCUACGGCUCCCGCGUUGCCAACACAGCAGACCCUCGUGUCGACUCUGACCGUGACCACCGCGCAAACCCCACCACGCACACCGGUGGCUACAGUGGUAAUGAUAACUACGCGUACGGAUCUGGCACUGGUGCAACGGGUACCGGCGCUGGUAUCGGAAACUCAAGAACGACUGGUUACAACGAUCCAGAGGGCACCCACGGACCUCACUCCAGCCGUCUUGCCAAUGCUGCCGACCCCCGUGUAGAUUCUGACCGGGACAAUCGCGGAACCCACGGAACAACUGGCGGAGCGUUUGGCACCACAGGAGCAGGCGCUGGAUACGGCGGCUCAAAGACUACCGGCUACAACGAUCCUGAGGGAACUCACGGACCUCACUCUAGCCGUUUGGCCAAUGCUGCCGACCCUCGUGUUGACUCUGAUCGUGACAACCGUGGAACUCACGGCACUCAUGGUACCACUGGUGCUGGCAUCACAGGAGCUGGAGCUGGAUAUGGAGGCUCACAUACCACGGGAUAUAACGAUCCUGAAGGCACCCAUGGCCCUCAUUCAAGCCGUGUCGCAAACGCUGCUGAUCCCCGUGUUGACUCUGACCGUGACAACCGUGGAACAGGAGGUUAUGGCAAUACAGCUGGAGGUGGCGCCUUUGGUACCACUGGCACCGGCGCGGGCUACGGAAGCUCAAAAACUACCGGCUACAACGAUCCUGAGGGGACUCACGGCCCACAUAGCAGUCGUGUAGGCAAUGCUGCCGAUCCUCGCGUGGACUCUGACCGCGAUCAUCGGGGCGUUCACAACGGCCCUGGACCUGCACCCAACACUGCCGGCCCUCAUAAGUCUGACAUGGCCAACAAGGUUGACCCCAGAGUUGACUCCGACCUUGACGGUUCCAAGACUCUAGGCGGUAACCGGACCUAUCAGUAA